AUGCCUGUGCCAGAUGCUCGCACAAGGAACAAGAUUAGUCUGAAUCCCUCAAAAGUCCUGUCCACGUCUAUACCAGGCAAACUUGUACCCCGGAUCGUUCUCUCCAAUGUUCUAUUUGUCUUUGCGGUCUAUGCGUCCAAGGAGUGGCUGUUGAACUUUGAUGUUGGUGUGUUUUGGGUGUUGAUGCGCGUGCUGGCUUGUGGUGGCCUCGGAGUUGUGGUUUGGGAAGUUCUAACUAGCCAGGCUGAGAAGCGCAAAUCUAUUGAGUGGACUGUCUUAGGGAUGGCGUCUUUGUUGCAGUUCGUGCAGUACGGCUGUCUGUUUACAGCUUUGUAUAGGCUGUCGCCAGCUCGUGUCAUUUUGUUCGCCCAUUUUUCGACAUAUUGGGUUGGAUCACUUAUAAGCCCGUCUUCGACCCGAAAAACUCUUGCUGUAGUUGCAGCUUUGCUUGUUUCAGUGUUAUCGGACACUGAACUCUUCUCUACCGAUGUGGGGAAGUAUGCACCGGGAUAUGGAGCCCUGCUUUUGCACGGAUUGUCAUCAAGCGCCUUGGAGCAUACUCUAGGUGUGCUUUCUCCGUCACUGGGAACAACAUUCGCUACGGCAGCGACUCGACUUUCCCUCAACACCGAUUCUACCGUUGAUAUCACUCUCUCAUUGAACCACCUUUCCUUCAAGCCUCAACAUUUUGGAUUCUCAUUCCCGACAUUACUGAUCGGAGCCCAUAUUCUCGGAAACUUUUCGUUUAGGCAAACACCUCUAUGGACGGACCUCUUUGUGGCAUCUUUUCUCUACGUCGGCAUGUACCCGGAAAGUAUAGAUGCUUUUACACCCGUGGUACCACGCACACCUACUUCAAGAUUGAUUAGAUCAUACCUCAAGACCAUUCUCUCCAAUCCCGAAUCUAGAAAGAUAUUUUAUUUUUUGAUGUUAAACCUGUGUUACAUGUUGGUGCAGAUGCUGUAUGGAGUGUGGACUAACAGUCUAGGUCUCAUUUCUGAUGCUAUACAUAUGGCGUUUGAUUGUAUGGCUAUUGGGAUGGGCCUGUUUGCGUCUGUCAUGGCUACAUGGGAGCCUAACGAGCGAUUUACUUAUGGUUACGGCCGAAUUGAGACGUUGUCUGGAUUUGCAAAUGGGAUCUUUUUGAUUUUGAUCUCUAUCUUUAUCAUGUUUGAAGCCAUACAACGAAUUUUGGAGCCGCCAGAAAUGAAUACUAGUCAAUUGUUAUUGGUUAGUUCAUUAGGGCUUGCAGUCAACUUGUUUGGGAUGUUUGCCAUGGGCGGGCAUCACCACCACGGUGGUCAUUCUCACUCGCAUGGGCAUUCGCAUUCGCAUGCGACACCUGGUGCGGACCAUUCAGGACACAGUCAUGAUCAUGGACAUGGAGGAGGCCAUAGCCAUACCCAUGGACCUACUACUCCGCUGUCACCGACGUCCGCGUCCGCACGACCGCAUUCGCUGAGUCUCCCUCCACCACCGCCUUCUCCACGAGCGCCUAAUAGUGGCCUCAUUUGGCGCAUUCGCAUGGGCAUACCCGUACGCCUUCUAGCUCUGCGGCGCAUUCGCAUUCUCAUUCGCAUUUGCAAAAUUCGCAUUCGCAACAUUCGCAUUCGCGUGAAGGAGAAAACCAUUCGUCUGAGCGUUGUGAUGAUCAUUCUUCGCAUUCGCAUUCGCACUCGCAUUCGGCUUCAACUAAUGAUGAGCAUGGGCAUGCACACGAUCAUGGGCACAACGAAGAUCAUGGGCAUGGUCAUGGUCAUGGUCAUGGUCAUGGUAAUGACCAUAAGCAUAAGCAUAGUCAUGAAGAAGAACAUGGGCAUUCUCACUCGCAUUCACAUUCACCAACUUCCGCGCACGAUCACGAUCAUUCCCAUUCCCAUUCGCAAAGCUCUCCGGACCACUCACGGAAAAUGUCAGCGAGCAGUGUUUCUGAGCGACCUAUGGCGGGGAAUAGCCACGCACAGCGUAGACAUUCACUCGCAGUUGCAAUCACAGACAAUGGUUGUGUCGCCCCAGCCGCCGGAGUCGUCGUCGUCGAGCGGUACGCCGUUGACGCCGAGUUAUACGUUUGGUCAUGAUGAUCAUUAUGAUGAGCACCACCGUCAUCAUCACCAUGAGACGCGUCGUGCGCCGAAUGUGCAUGUGCCGUCGGCGCAUGCGGUUGCUUCUCAUGAGGGACAUAGUCAUAAUAUGAGAGGUGUUUUUUUGCAUGUUAUGGCAGAUACGUUGGGUUCAGUUGGAGUUAUAGUUUCGACUCUUCUCAUCCAGUUUUAUGGAUGGACGGGGUUUGAUCCUAUAGCGUCGUUGUUCAUUGCGAUUUUGAUAGCUGCUAGUGUUGUCCCGCUUGUCAUGGACACGGGCAAAGUUUUGGCGCUGGAUGUGGCGGAUCGGGAGAGGGAUAUUCAGAGUGCUCUUUCGGAGCUAUCGACGAUCGAAGGACUCGCAUCAUACAGCUACCCACGAUUCUGGCCCAAAGACUCCUCCACUCUAAUCGGAUCGAUACAUAUCCAGCUCGCGCCUUCUGCGUCGGCUGUUGACCCGCACGGUCCGCAUUCGAGUCGCGGGACGACGACGUAUACGAAUGCGGAGAGGGUUGUUGAGAGGGUUGAUAAGCAUUUGAGGGGUGGGAUUGGCGGGUUGGAGGAGUUGACUAUUCAGGUUGAGGGUGGCGCGGUGAAUGUUGGGCGGAUACAGAUACGUGCUGAAGCUGAAGUUGAAGCUGAAGCAAGCGGAUAA